UGACAAAUUGACGGCGGUUGUUUUUGUUUGGGGAAUCGACCGACGAAGAGGUGUUUGUAUGGUUGUUUUUUUUAAUUAUUGUUUAACGUACGAGACUUUCAGAAAUACACCCAACCAACGUAACACCGAGUCGGUUCAAUGGGUGCCGUGGAAAGCACCGAGGGGGAGAGAGAACCGCUGCUUGCUCCAAGCCAACCGGAGGCAAGGGAGCAGCCCGGGAGCAGCAGGGAGCAGCCCGGGAGCAGCAGGGAGCAGCCCGGGAGCAGCAGGGAGCAGCCCGGGAGCAGCAGGGUGUUUGGGAGGAGAUGGGUCGUCCUCGCCUUGUUCUCUACGCUCGGAUUCCUGCAAGGCAUGGUGUGGAACACCUGGGGCCCGAUACAGAACUCCGCCAAACACGCGUUCGGGUUCACGUCAAAAGACGUCGCAGUUUUGGUUAUCUGGGGACCCGUGGGGUACAUCCCGUGGCUUCUUUUUGUGUGGCUGAUGGAUAAGAAGGGACUGCGCACCUCUCUGCUGCUUGCCGCCUUACUCAUGGUGCUGGGCUCUACCCUGCGGAGCGUCCCGAUCCCGGACCUGCAGCUGAGACGCUGGUUAAUUCACGGGGGUCAGCUUCUUAAUGGUUUAGCCGGCCCAACCCUUAUGAGCGCUGGGCCCCUCCUAUCCACUACUUGGUUUGCUCCAGACGAAAGGGCCACAGCCACCGCAGUUGCGUCAUUGUUUGGCUAUCUGGGGGCCGCCUGCUCAUUUCUGAUUGGCCCUCUGGCUGUGCCAGCACCCAAUGAUACACAAGUAGUGAACACUGUCACCCACUGGGAUCCAGGCCAGAUCAGGACCCACAUACAGAACGUUCUCUACACAGAGCUGGGGGUCAUCACCGUCUUCUUCGCCUUCGCUCUGCUCUACUUCCCGUCGCGGCCGCCCAGACCCCCAAGUGUGGCGGCGGCCAGCCAGCGCCUCGGCUACCGGAGCAGCAUCUGCCGUUUGCUAAGCAACGUGCGGUUCCUGAUGAUGGCGCUGGCCUACUCGGUACCCACGGGAGUGGUGGCAGGUUGGUCCGGCGUGCUGGACAUGGUCUUGACUCCAGCCAGCGUCAGUCAGGUAGAUGCGGGCUGGAUUGGGUUCUGGUCCAUUGUCGGGGGCUGCGUGUUCGGAGUGGCUAUGGCCCGUUUUGCCGACUCCGUCCGGGGAAUCCUGAAGGUGAUCCUGGUGCUGAUGUUGGCGGGAGCGUCCCUGGCGGCCACCUGGUUCACCCUCACCUGCCUGACGAGACUCACCCACCUGCUCUCCACCAAAGCCACGCUGUAUACCUCCUGCAUCCUGGUGGGAAUCUUCGUCAACAGCAGUAUUCCGAUCUUCUUCGAGCUCUUCAUGGAGACGGUGUACCCCGUGCCCGAGGGCAUCACCUGCGGAGUGGUCACCUUCCUUAGCAACCUCUUCACAGGCCUGCUCCUCUUCUUCCUCACCUUCCUCUCCACAGAGCUGUCCUGGCUAAACUGGUGUGUGGCAGGUUCUUGCCUCUUCAGUCUGCUCCUGGUGAUUCUCUUCAGGGAAUCCUAUGACCGCCUCUACCUGGAUGUCUUCGUGUCUGUCUGAUUGAGCCCGAGUCUCUCCCUCUGAAUCGGAAGAGAAGGACUAACGUCUGCUGACGCCAGUGCACACAAAUUAGACAGGCCCUUAGACGGGAAGUGCAAUGUUCCUUUCCUCUCCGUGUCUCCAAUCUUUCUAAAUUAGUCUGCAUCCUUUCUGAACGUUGUAGUUGUAAAAGGUACACGUGGGCGCAUCGUGAAAGAACCGCAACCGCGAGGACCCCUGCUAGGACGCUGGUGCUGUAGACCUGUACCUGGCACGGUGGAUCUUUGGCUGUGGCUCCUGUUGUGUUUUUAAAUCGUCUUUGACAUGAACUAAUUUACUGGUGUUCUUGGUCUAUAGCAGUGUAGAGAGCUCCAGCUGACUGUUGUAAUGUGCAUUUAAUAGGAAUGUUGAAGAUGGUUGUUGUCUUACCUCCAUGCUAAAAAGGGACAGGACCCGGGACAGAGGCCGUCCUUAAGUGGCAUACGGUCUCCCCUCUGCAUUUCUCAUUUGAGCACCGAUUGUUAUGCACAAUCCUCCCUUUUCCCUGGUGGGGUUUGAGAAUUGUCCUCGGGUUCGAUACCUGUUCAGAGCGUGUGCUCAGCGGGUGGGCUCGAGUCACCCUCUCGCCUUCAGGCUGUUUGUUCAGGACGUGCAGCUUCUGUCCUUGAACGUGUCCAUGAACAGGAGGGAUUUGAGAUAGUACCACUGUCCGCACGGUCAUACAGGUUUUUCUUUGUUUUUUUAACACCUGCUCCACACAAGAAGGUGUCGACUGUACAGGCAUUUCAUAAGCCAUCAGUAGAGUAUAUAUUUAUAUUUUGUGCCAUUGUAGUUUGCAAAAUGAAGUUGGUUUUGGGAAAUUUUAAAUGUAAUUUAUACACAAUGAUUUUUUAUUUAUUUGAGAGAAUAAACACUAAUAAACAAAUGAAGAAACUUGACAAAUUAUACAUCUGAUUACAAACGGUUGUGCUACGUUUGAGGCUGUUUCAAACUUGGCAUUCAUAACUGCUGUAAAUGUAGCGUUUCCUGUAUACCAGCCAAGGUUUCGUGGAAUACUUUGUCUAUACAACCUCAGUGGCCAAUCAGGAAUAAUAAAGUUUGACCAUAAUGUGCACAACGCUAA